CAUAUAGACUGACAGUUCAACUCGCAAACAAAAAAAAAUAGAAUUUUCCAUUCAUUUUCAUCGUACAAAACGUAAACAAAAUGUUUAAAAUUAUUAGAUAUCUUAAAUGAUGAAAUAAAUACGAUUUUAUAUUAAACACACUUCACACUACAAGAAAUAUGUAGUUGAAUCUAAUAGGAAACAUUUACGAUCGUAAAGCAAACAAAAUAGAUGUCCGUCACUUGAAGUAUAGCUGUAGCUACUUAGAGUGUUUUAUUAGAAAGUUUCUGCAUUACCUAUUAUCCCUUUCACAUCAUACCGCUGUGUGUUAGCUAACGACAGAAGAAUAAAAUACGUAAACAAGUGUUAUCGAAGUUACCGUAGAAUAUUUACACGAAAAUUAACAUACAAUUAAAUGUAACUUGUGCUGAUAAGUGUUACACGAGCAAUGAGUAUCACUAACAGUGACAAAAAGGAUAAAAUCGAGCUAUCCAGCAAUAAACCGAGGAAGAUAUUCUGCGGAAUGGUCUCCAACAUGAUCAAGCAUGUGUUCCUCAUAUUUCGGACGUACCUGGACCUGUUUAUUGACCUGGUCUACGGUUACUUCUGGGAGGGGAAGCGGCAACCCAUACCAGCUUUGGAGAAGAGACAUGCUAUGCUUGCGGAGUGCGCUGUGGCCCUGGCUGCGAAGAUCAGGAAUAAAGAGCUGAAGUCUGAGGAUCUGGUGAGGGCGUGCAUUGAGAGGAUUCAACAGGUAAAUCCUAUAAUAAACGCGGUGACGGACGAGAGAUACGAAGAUGCCCUGCAAGAAGCGCGCGAAGUCGACAAGCUGAUUGAAAGCGGACUGCCUGAUGACUAUUUCCAGAAGAAACCGUUUUUAGGCAUUCCAUUCACGGCUAAGGAAAGCCAUGCAGUACAAGGCAUGUUGCACACUCUGGGCGUCGUGUCGCGGCGCCAUGUGCGCGCGCACAAGGACGCGGAGUGCGUGCGACUCGUCAAGGAGGCCGGCGCCAUACUCGUGGCAGUUACUAAUGUACCUGAGAUUAAUAAGUGGAUGGAGAGCCGUAACUUCGUGUUUGGUCAGACAAACAAUCCGCACCACACCGGGCGCACCCCCGGGGGCUCCAGCGGGGGCGAGGCCGCUCUACAUGCCUGUAUUACUGCGCCCAUCUCUCUGUGUUCGGAUAUCGGUGGGUCUACUCGUAUGCCUGCGUUCUUCUGCGGCCUGUACGCUCUGAACCCGACCUCUGGAUACACCAGCCUUAAAGGUUCAGCUCUCCGCACGGGUAAGGAGAAGUCGAUGGCUUCCAUCGGCUUCAUCAGCAGACAUUGUUCAGACCUCAUACCACUCACUAAGUUAGUAGUCAUCGCUGAUAAGGCCAAGGAAUUGAACCUGGACCGACCUGUUCAUGUUAAGAAACUCAGAUACUUCUACGUGGAGACGGCUCAAGAUUUGCGCGUGAGUCCCAUCUCUGCUGAUCUACGCGCUGCAAUGAACAGGUACUUAAUCGAUUUUAUUUUAUUACUUGUUACAUUUUUCACUUGUCCGAUUCGGAACAUUCGUACUUUCGCUAUGACACGACCAACGACACCUAUUAGCUACCAAUACUAGCUGUUGCCUGGGACUUCGUCCGCGUAAAAGACUUCUGGCAGAAUUCAUUAGAACCGAUAUAGUGCCUAAAUGAGAUUUAUUGUCAAAUAAAUUUGUCGUGA